CAGCAGGAACGGUUUCCUGUUUCUGCUUUGAAACCCGUCUGUUGUGCCCCCGCGCGUACACGAGUGAGCUUCCAGGGCCGGCAAUGAUCGGGCAGACGGGCGCGAGCUAUAUCCGCCGCGCGACGAAUUAAUCUUUUGAGGUCCGACGCGGGCGGGUACGCGCGCGCCCGAGAGAGCGCAAGAGGGAGGGGGUGAGGGCGCGCACGGGUCGGCUAUUGCUACUGGCUGUUAGAGGCGCGAGGGCUGCGUUCCAUCCAGGUGGGAGGGGCGGCUCGCGCUCUCUCCUUUGCAAGCAGCAGGAACGAGCAGCGUCCGUGUCGCCCGCAGCAAAGGAGCAUGUCUGCAGGCAGGGCCAAGAAAGUGAAGAUGGCCACCAAGUCCUGCCCAGAGUGCGACCAGCAGGUUCCUGUUGCAUGCAAAUCCUGUCCUUGCGGUUAUAUAUUUAUUAGUCGAAAACUGUUGAAUGCAAAACGUUCUGAAAGGUUGCCACCCUGUUCAGAAAGCAGAAGUGAAGCCAAGAGAAGACGGACAGAGCGAGUCAAAAGAGAAAAAAUAAACUCUGUGGUAAAUAAAGACUUAGAAAACAGGAGAAGAUCCAGAUCCAACAGCCAUUCCGAUCACAGUAGAAGAGGAAGAGGGCGACCAAAGACUGCCUCGGCAAAAAAGCACGAGGAAGAAAGAGUACCUUUUCUCCUUCUGCAGAGAAACAAGAGAAAGAAGUUGAUAUGUAUGCAAACCUAUCUGAUGAAAAAGCUUUUGUGUUUUCCGUGGCCUUGGCAGAAAUAAACAGAAAAAUAAUCAACCAGAGACUUAUUCUGUGAUUAUCUGAUCAGGACCUAUGUAUAUUCAUGCUCUUUAAGCCAGGCAGUGGAUUAUGAACAUUUGUCGCCUCUCAAACAGCAAAUCCCGUCGCCUGCCUUAAUGAUGGCUGCAUAUUCUUUUCUUGCUGAACCUCUGCCACGGCCACUGUUCUUUGGACUCUGCAGACUUCUUGUUCCAGCUAAUUGUUAAGAAACAAAAUGACCGACACUUUGCGUAGUGGGAGAAGUCAGAAUCCUACGAAGACAGCUUCCUGAAGAACUCACAGUUUUUAAAGACUAUUCCUUUGAAUUGAAAUGCAAUAUUUUAGUUAAUUUAAAUUUCCUUCACCAUAGAUUUCAGAUUUACAGCUAUAUUGAAGGUUACAUGUAUAUAGUUAAUCUAACUUCUUAAUAAAUUGAUAUUCUGGUGUUUUUUUAUUAAUUGGGGUGGGGAACCAUAGUGUGUUUUUAUUUUCGGCUUAAAAGAGUCAGAAUAAAUGGUUCUAAAGUCAGUAUACAGAUGACUUGUGUUCAGAGCAGAAAUGUGAUAUAUGGGCAAUAAAGUGAAAAUCGAGCUGUUCUCUUUUCCCAGAAACAUUAAUGUUGCCCCAUUAAUUUUAGGUGAGGAAUCAAACUAGUUUGGUUAAAUUUGCAUAUAUUUGCAUAUGAAAAACCAGUUUUGAAGGGGGGGAAACAUACUCCCUCCCCUUUUAGGUGGUGUUGGCUGUAACAUGUAAGAAGAGGUGUUUCCCCCCCCAUGUGAUAGUGAAGGAGGGGGAGCUGCCUUUUCUAAGAUGAUGCAUAUCAUCUGGAUUUUUUUAUUAGCACUUGUAUUUUAAAUAAUAUUAAAAAUGUUGCCUGAUACAUUGGGAUGACCUUUUAAGCCAUGAAACGGUUCUUAACCUAUUAAUUUAGUUAUUCUUACUGAUAUAUGCCACCCUUGGCUCCUGUUGGGAGGAAGGGCAGGAUAUAAACCAAAAAUAAAUAAAUAAAUAUUAUAUUUAAAGUAGGGAUGGGGAACCUGUGGCCCUGUAGAUGCUGGACUUCCAUCAGCGCCAGCCAACAUGGCCAAUGGACGGUGAUGAUGGGAUUCUAGUCCAGGAGCAUUUGAAGACCCAAAGCUUCUCCGUCGGUGAUUUAAAGGAAUGUUGUAAUGUAUGCAAUGUAAAUGUAUUCACAGUUUUUUUUAAAAAAAAAUUAACACUAACUAACUGGGUUAAAACUUAAGGAGGACAGAGCACAUUCUUUACAUGUUGAAGGUCCCAAGUUCAGCCCUUGGCAUCUCUAGUUAGAAGGAUUGGGAAUUGAGCGGUGGAGAAAAACCUCUGCUUGAGAAUUUGGGGGAGCUACUGUUACUCAGAGUAGGGAAUACUGGACUAGAUGAAAAAAACACUGACCUGGUAUAAGGCAACUCUAUUUUCUGAGCAGCUUCUUACUGGCCCUAUUGUAGAUUCACAAAUAUUGCACUUCUGUUACCUUUGUGCUUCCUGCAUCAUGUACAACUGAACAAGUGCACAUCCUUAAACACCUGUGUACAUGCCAUCAGAAGCCUUGAUUGGGUAGGAGUUUGCUGAUGGGUGUACAUAAGAUUUGUUGAGGAAUUUGCUGGAAAUAACUAACAUGGUGCAUCUACUGCAAAUACAAUUGCCCUAUAAAAUUUGAAGAUGCUCCAAUUUGUUAACCCCAAAGUUGAACCAAAAUUAGCUGUUUCAGUAGCCCAUCAUUUGUGUGGCUUCAUCAUUGCUGCCAGUUGUGACCGAGGAGUGGGAUGGCCUCAGCAUCACAGGGAGAGUCACUGGUGUUGGUGGCAGCAUGGCAGAAGAAGAACAGAGCCUCAGGUGAAUGGAGUAGGAGGUAUAUUUCUGCCCCUGGACAAUUAUUUGUAGGGCAUACAAGAGGAUUAAUGAUGUCAGUUCAUGAUUUCAAACAGGAAUUGCUCUUUAAAAUUGCAUUUCAUUGAUCGUACAAAGAAGGCUCUGUGGAUUAAAAGGAAAGCAUAAAUUGAAGUCACAGCAAUGUCAUGCAAAUUCCUUGGGAAAUAAUGGGAUUUCAUUUUCUGCAGAAAAUCAUGAAUAAUGUUGGAUAAUCCAGGCAUGGAGAACCUUUGGCCCUCCAGACAUGGCCAAUGGUCAGGGAUGAUGGACGCUUUAGUCUAAACAUCUGCAGGGGCACAGGUUCCCCAAUCCUGGUAUAAUCUAUAACCUGGUAAUUGAGCUGAGUUCCUAAAGGUUACAAGCAAGCCUACUAAGAAUCUGGAGAAUUCUGUUCUAUGGGGAAUAAAAGGAGCAAGUUAGUCCUGCAACACAAAGCUGCAGUAUUGAGUGCCCUUUCUGGGCUGGUUGACCCAGUGCUCUAUUCCAGGAUACUUUGUUCCAUUCUUCCCAAUUUUCUGUUUGCCUUCUUCAUCAGUCAGCAUUCCAUAGCCACUUGGGUAUGCUCAGUUGCUACAAUGUGGGGCACCCUGGGGAGGGGGAGUUCCAAAUCCUUCGGGGGCUGGAUUUGGGCAACGAGCCACCUACUGGCUAUCCCUGAUAUUGACAGCCCAUUUAGAUUAUUUGAAACACUUGGUUUUUACUGAUGAUAAUCCCCUUUCUUUUCCCUAAGAGAGUAAUCCUUGCAAUUGAAUGAGCUAAGUGAAUGCCCUGAGGUGCUUCAUAAUGAAGAUAAACAGAACAGCUCAAGAAAGCUGUUAAUUUUUUUUAAAAAACUCAACAUGUUUGAGAAAGGAGCUGCUUCCACCUUUUAAAUAUAACUUGUUUUAUUUAGAAAAAUGUAUAGCUUGCCUGUGGGGAAAUCCACUCAAGAAUCCCAUCCCACCCCCAUAAGAAAUAAUAAGGAAACUAAAGUUUUAAAAAAAUGCACAGAGAAAACAAGUUAUUGCCCCUUUAAUUUUGAAUGUGAUUAAAAAUAACUGACUUCACUGGGAAAUCAUUUAGCUUCUUGUUAGCAAAACCUAUAAUUUAUAAUGUGGGAAGCUUUUGUUUUUGGUCUGUUGGGUUUUUUCUCUCCCCCCCCCCAGUUUUCUAGCUCUUUAAACUGGAGGCUGUGCCUUAUGGUUUUAAUUUGUUGCACUGCAUUGAGAACAUUGGCACUCACAUGUUUUUGAGCCCUUGAAAGCUGGUGUUAUGCAAUUUUGCUGUCCGUACACACAUAAGCAGAGUAGUUUGCUGCUGUUUCAAAACGUACCUUAAGCAAUUAGGGAUACAGGAUCAUAGAACAAAUAGGGAAAGGGCCUUUGGGUCAGCAUGCUUUGCAUGCCAAAGGUUCCAGGUUCAUUACCUGGCAGCUGCACGUUAGGCUGGGAGAGAUCUGUGCCUGAAACCAUGGAGAACUGCUGCCAGUCAGUGUAGACAAUACUGAGUUAGAUGGACCAGUAGUUAGUCUCAGUAUAAGGCAGCUUCCUAUGUCCUUAUGUUUCCUAGCUGUGGACGGGGCAGCUUCCUACAUCUUUAUACAAGUACAGCUUCAGAACCUAAGAGCUUGCUGCAUCAGGCUAGUGGCCCAUCCAGUCCAGCAUCCUGUUCUCACUGUGGCCAACCAGAUGCCUGUGGGAAGCCCACAAGCAGAACCUGGGUGCAAGGGCGCUCUCCCCACUUGUCUGUCUCUCCACCCCUGCAUACCCAUAUGGACAACUUGUACCAUUCUGACUGCUUAGGAGAAGCACCAGCAUGCAUUCUGGCCUGUGAACAGCUGCAAGUUAAACUUGCUUUAAGGGUCCAGCCUUUUUCUAACCUUUGGGUUCCCAGAUGGUAAUUCCUAUCUCUGACCUUUGGCCAUGCUGGCUGGAGCUGAUGGGAGUUGUAGUCCAACAUCUGAAGACCCAAAGGUUGGGCAAGGCUGCUUACACCAGGGGUGGGGAAGCUGUGGCCUGUUGAAUGUUGUUGGGCUUCCAACUCCUGUCACUCCCAGCCAGCAUGGCCAAUAGGGUGGUUUGAACUUGGAGACCUGCAAUAUUUGAAGGGCCGCAGGUUCUCUACACAUAUAAGCAUAAUAUCCUGUUGCUAACAUCUGCAGUGCAAGAACCACUGGUGUGAAUAGAGCUGUUCAAGAGUGCAUUCUAUGUACUGUUAUAAUUGCAUUUAUGUCCCACUUCUGCAAGGAGCUUGAGGUGGAGCAGAUGUUUGUCUCUGUGUUUACCUCACAUGGCCCUGUGAGGUGGGUCAGGCUGUGAGAAGGUGAUUGGCCCAAGGAUGCCCAGUGAACUUUAUGGCUGACUGGAGAUUUGACCCCAAGUCUCCCAGGCCUUAGUCCAGUGCUCUAAACACUACACUACACUGACUCUUACCUAAUAGCAAACUCCUUAACUGAAUGCUGGUCCUUAUGUAGCCAGCAUGGGAUCAUUCACGCAAGGGAAAGAUAUCUUUACGCUCAAAGAAACCUUAAGGUUUUCAGAACGGUGGCAGCUGGUGAUAGAAUCGGCUCUGGGUUUUAGUCUGAACAUUCAAGGAGCUGUACAAGGCACUUCACUGGUGUGGAGCCAAUAGCCACCACUGUUUCAGAAGCACAAAAAACUUUUAGGGGGGAAAUUCAUGCUUAGUGAGCACAGAGUACUAAGUGACUGUGGAGGUGGGGAGGAGAUGAAGUGGAGUAUGCCGGAUCAAGACGGGCUGGCUGGAGUGAUGAAUGUAUAAACACCCCACAAGCAAAUCUGGAUGGAUGCUCAUUGUCGUAUAACUGCCUCAUAAACAAAAUCAGGACAAGUGCUCAACAAAGACAGGGCAUAGGGGUUCUUGACCUGUGGCUUCAGAGAGUCCAUGAACCAGGCACAAGAAAACCAACACCAAUUUCCAAUGUAAUAAAAUAAAUUUUAUUUUGUUAUUGAUGGGAGUCCAUAGCUUUUAUCGGAUUCGUAAAGGGAUCUGUGACCCAAGGCAUAAGAAUCAUUGGUCUAACUUCUCUGUAAGCAUUGUGGAAGCAAAUCAGGAUGAAUCCUCAAUAAAUAGGUCAUCUGGAGGUAAUCUAAUGCAAAGCAUCACAUUUGGGGAUUCUCUAGUAGUUCUUCACAUUUGGCAACUUUUGACAACCUAAACUGGGGAGUGGGGAGUUUUAGCCUCUCCCCCCCCCCCGAUCUUGAAGUCCCCAACUCAUUGCUCUAACUAAUCCAUGAUGAAAGCAAAACCAAAAUCAAGGUAUAUAAAAUUAGGCCUUCCUAAAGGCACUCCAGCAGCUUUCUUGAGAUCCGAACUCAAUUCCCCUUCUUUAAUGGCCAGAAUUGACUUAGUGUUUUUACGCUACUGGAAGAAACUCUCGGUUAUUGAUCCUCCCUCUCUGGUUAAAUCAUGUUGGGAGGACCAGCUGGCAAAGGGUGGCUGGGCAAAAAACUUUCCAGCCCUAGGUGUACAGUAUCUUCUAACCUCUCCUUUCAAAUCUCAAUCCCACCACUCUUCGCAAUCAGAUUUACGCCCAGGAUAGACACCAAGACACAGUAAUAAUUGCAAACUCUCACUUCUCCAAAUGUUUUCAGUAUAUCAAACCUAAUUGCGAUUGGCCCAAUUACGCAGAUAUCCUGACGAGGGCCUCACUGCGUAGAGCCUAUACUGAACUCCGCUUUCAAGUGAUGCCCUCGUCUUAUUUGCAAGGUAGAUAUCUUGGUAUUCCAUACGACCAAAGGAUAUGUAUAGCCAGUUGUACUGUCCCUGAUGAUGUAUUUCAUUAUAUCUUAGACUGCCAAUUGUUUGAUUAUCGAAGGGCAAAAUUUUUAUUUUCAAUUCUCGAUACGUUAACUAAUUUUAAUAGUUUUCAGAAAGUAAUUUUUCUUUUAUCUUCACCCCAGCCGGACGUAGUAAUUUCUACGGCUAAUUUUGCCUUGGCCGCUAAGAAACUCAGAACCAGUUUUAUUAAGACAAAUGGUUAAAAAUUAAACUUUUCACAUUUUAAUCAUGAAAUGUAUCUGUGCUAAAUGUUAUGAUUGUACUGCUUUUUUGUAACAGCCUAUGGCUAUAUACAAAUAAAUGAAAUGAAGGUAUAUAAAUUA